UAUGGAGUGGAUUAUAUAGUCUCCUCAUACAGGAAGAACAUAUACUUCUAUUAAAAUUAUUGGAGAAGGAGAGUAUGGGACUGUAUGGCUUACUUAAAGAGAUGAUUAAAGUAUUUUGUUUUUAAUUUUCUAGAUCUUUUUGCUUGUAAAUUAUUAAAACCUAAGUUUGCUUUAUGGAGUAUAGAAAAAAGUAAGAAAUUUGAAGAAAGAGCAUAAUAAGAAAUAUAAACACUCAUCAAAAGUACUCAUGUUAAUGUCGUCAGAUAUGAAGACUGCUUUUAGAAAGAAAAUGGAGGUAAAAUUGAUAGAUACAUUAUAUCUGAAUAUUGUGAAGGUGAUACUUUAAAAACAUUAUUGGAUGCGAAAGGAAGAUUAAGCGAAAAUGAAGCUUUUUCAAUUAUGAUACAAUUAGCUGAUGGAUUAAAAUAUAUGCAUAAUUAAAAAAUUAUUCAUAGAGAUAUUAAGCCUGCUAAUAUUAUGUUUAAAUAAGGAGUCCCUAAAUAUAUAGAUUUUGGAUUUGCAAAAUAUAUUGAAGAAUAAAAAGCAGAUCAAAUUUAAACUGUUGAUGUAGGAUCUCCAUAGUAUAUGGCUCCUGAAUUAUUAGAAGAAAGUGGCUAUUAUGAUUAAAGAGUCGAUGUUUGGGCUUUAGGGAUUAUAUUUUAUUAGAUGCUAGUUGGCCAUUUUCCAUGGAAUAUCAAUUAGGCUAACUCAUAAUAAAUGAUCUUAAAUAUUAUUAUGGAAGAUGAAAGCAUCAAUUUUCCAAUUGAGAUUGAAAUUUCAGAGAAGCUAAAAGAUAUUAUCACCUAAAUGUUGUAAUUUGAUUAUGAAACUAGAAUAGAUAGCAAUAAACUAUUUAUGAUGUUAUAAAAUUGAU